UCCACCAUAUUUUCUCAAAGCAAGGAAAGAAAAAGGUAGUUGAUCACCAAUGGAAGAAGCAGUGCAAAAAAUGGCAGAUGAGGAAGUAGUUCUGCUGGCUGCCAAGUUUUCUACUUUUGCAGAAAGAGCGAAGAUAGCCCUAGCCGAGAAGGGAAUAAAGUAUGAGUUAAAGGAAGAAGACUUGAACAACAAGAGCCAUCUUCUUCUUGAGAUGAACCCUAUUCAUAAGCAAGUCCCUGUCUUGAUCCAUAAUGGGAAACCCAUCUGCGAAUCCAUGAUCAUUGUUCAAUAUAUUGAUGAGGUCUGGAAAGACACAGCUCCUUUGUUGCCAUCUGAUCCCUAUCAACGAGCUCAUGCCAGGUUCUGGGCUGAUUAUAUCGACAAGAAGAUAUACCCAAAUGGAAGGAUGCUGUGGAAAUCUGAAGGAGAAGUGAAGGAAACACACGCAAAGAAUCUGAUUGAGAGCUUUCAAACAUUGGAGAAGGAGCUUGGAGACAAGCCAUUUUUUGCAGGGGAGAGCUUUGGUUACGUAGAUUUGGCACUUAUCCCUUUCUAUAGCAUGUUUUACACGUACGAGAGUCUGGGAAACUUUAGCAUGACAGUGGAUUGCCCUGGGAUUGUGGCGUGGGCUGCGAAAUGCCUAGAAAAGGAGACUGUUUCCAAGUCUAUUUCUGACCCGCAAAUGCUUCAUGAAGCUAUUAUGGAGAUGAUAAAAAAAGUAGAUAGCUGAAUCUGAGCUUCAUCUGAUGCUUUUGGACUUUGCUCAUUUUAUUGUUUUAGCAUUGAAAUAAUGAAACUUGUUUCCAUUUGUUCUUAAAUCUGAGCAUUCCAUAUCUAGCCAGAUUUCUGUUUUCUCUUCAAUAAGAAACAGGAAGGACUUGGAACUUGGCCAGUCCUUCUAGAAUUUCUUCAGGUUUUGGCCAAAGAUCCAUUACACUCUCAAUAAAUUUGAUGGGACAAUCAUGUUAUGAAU